UGGGCGAGGACCGGACUGGCGACGGCGUUGUUCUUUUUACAAUAUUCUUACAAUAGAUAAUGAUACAGAGCCUGCAGGUAAUGCCUGUGAGGUGUAAUAUGAUGAUGACGGUGGAUGCCCGACAAUGGCAACCGAGUUUUUCGUCUGGUGUAGUGCAACAGAGGCGGGUCACGUGGGGACGGAUGGAUGGCUCUUGGCCAGACUCUCCACAGCCUCGUCUGUCAAAUAUCUAUGCCUGGGAUGACUGCAGCUGCCAAGCUGUACUGCUCAACAAGUUCCGACUUGCCUGACAGCAUUGCAACACAGCACGCAGCAUCGUUGGGCAUCAUGGUUGGUUGUAUGCAACUAAGCGCCGACCGGGCGGCUAACCUCCAGCCUCGCGACUUGCUCGGUCGGCCUAUAAAUCCACGCCGCCGCUGUUCCCCUCAGCCUGCCUUCCGAUCUGCUCGUCAUUCAUGGGGUAUUUUAUGGUCCCUUAUUCCGUGAAUGGAGAAGCUUUCCACUAGUGCCAGUGAUAUGUCCGACGACAUUACGAUCUACCAGGAAGGUGUGUUUGCUGAUUGUAGGGUUGCUGAUUGUGGAUAUG